UGUAAAUUCGUAAUUUUUGUUAUAAAGUAAUGGCAGUGACCUAGGCCGAUUUGUAUUUACAACUACAAGGAUUAAGCAAAUUUACAAAGCUACAUUUGAUUUUGAUGUACUGCGUCGAUUUUAUGAUUUUACUAAGUAUUUUACUGCUUUCAAAGGAUAAAAUAUCGAGGAAUACUGUAUUAUUUUUAGUUCUUCAAGUUCCAACUUCAAGGUGUAUUCGACAAAGCUGUAAUAAUAUUACAUCAAAGUUUUCGAAAGUUUAAAUGCAGUGUUGACAUUGCUGGUGUUACUUACUGUUACUAGUGUUGGGCCUACACUACAGUCUACAGUGUGUUAAAAUUUUGGACAAUGGAAGCUAUUGCAAAAUACGAUUUUAAUGCAACUGCUGAUGACGAACUAAGCUUUAAAAAAGGGCAAAUUUUAAAGGUACUAAAUGUUGAAGAUGACAUGAAUUGGUACAGAGCUGAACUAGAAGGAAGGGAAGGACUCAUCCCAAGUAACUACAUUGAAAUGAAAAAACAUGAGUGGUACUAUGGUCGAAUUACAAGGGCAGAUGCUGAGAAAUUACUAAUGAAUAAGCACGAGGGAGCAUUUCUCAUUAGAGUGAGUGAAAGUUCUCCUGGAGAUUUUUCUCUUUCUGUAAAGUGUCCCAAUGGUGUUCAGCACUUCAAAGUACUUCGUGAUAUGCAAGGCAAGUUUUUCCUUUGGGUUGUUAAGUUCAGUUCAUUGAAUGAACUAGUAGAAUACCAUCGGUCAGCUUCAGUGAGUCGCUCCCAGGACAUUACACUAGUGGACAUGCAACCAGAACAGUUUCUGGUCCAAGCUCUCUAUGAUUUUCAAGCUCAAGAACCUGGAGAACUGGAAUUUAAAAGGAGUGACAUAAUUACAGUAAUUGAUCGUACUGAUACACAUUGGUGGGAAGGGGAAAUGCGCUCAAAGCGAGGCUUUUUUCCAGCUACCUAUGUUGUUCCUUUCCAUGCAUAACUGAUUCACAAAGUGCUUGUUUUUAUGUAUUUUCUUGUGAAGUGUACCAAUUUUGCAGGAAGACAAAAUUGAUAAAUCUCUUCUUACGAGCAGAGUGACAGUGAUUGUUUGUUCCGUUUGAUCAAUCUUUGUUUCACUAGCAAAGUAAUUUUGUUGCAUAUAAGUUGAAGCCAGUGAUAAAUGCUUUUAAUGAUUGUUUCCAUGCGGUCCAAGCUGGACAAUCAAAUCAAGAUUGUGUUCACACAAGUGCAUUUCAUAAUUUAGUAUAUUUGUUUACAUGUAAAGCAUGCCAAAAGUUUUAAUUCAUUUGAUUAACUUUAUACUGCAUGGUAUAACAGUAAUAGGGCUUCAUGUGUGAAAACACAUUGAGCACCUCAAAGUUGUAAAUGAUCCAAAUGAAUGUCUCUUGACAACUACACGGUAUUUGGCAGAUGUUGUAUUGUAGUUAACCCAUUUCAUUGUUUUGUAUUUAAAUGAAUAAGAAUGAACAAUAUAUUCAUAUGGGGCACAACAUUUUCUACACUAUGUAGCACAUAUUGUAAAGGUGUAAAAGUCAAUUUGUUUUUAUUUUGUAGUAACAAACUGAUUAUUUUUAGCUUGGCGAGUUGUAUUAUUAAUUUUUUUUCACCUCAGCACUAUAAGAGUUAACCUCAUGUUGAUUCAAUCACCUGUAGCCAUUCUACCAUAUGUCAGAGAAAAGGCUUUUGAUAUCAAAGUAGACCUAGAGAAAUGUUCCAAUUGAGUGUGUGAGGAAGACUUGGUAAUACAUGAUGGAUAGUUAUUAUUGAUAAAAUUAAAUGAAGCUUAAUAUGGUGGAUUACCAUUGCAUCUUACACUGUUAAUUUAUGCUAGUAACUGUGUGCACAUAUUUUGAUAUCAAAAUGUGCUUAUUUAAUAACAGAAAGGAUGUGGCUUCACACAUUGCUUAGGCCUUCUAAAAAACAUUUAUCAAACUACAGUUUUUCUUUUAGGGUUUUUCUUUGAAUUAUUUAGGUGAAGUAUUCAACAUGAGUACACUAUAAUAGACAGCAACUGCCUGUUGUAGAAAAAUACAAGUGUAGAGGGCAACAUUUCAAAAGUCUUUUGUCAUUGGAGGACUUUUUGAAAUGUCAUCCUCUACACUUGUGUUCUUUCUACAACAGGUAGUUGUCACCUAUUCCAGUGUACUCAACCUAUUUUAAGGUUGUAUCAGUGGAACUUGUUACUAGUUAUACGAUCUUGGUAGUUUAUAGUUGAAGUGUUUAUGGCACAGAAGUCACCAGGUCUGGAAGAAGAAUUUCAUAAUUGUGUCAGUGAAAUAUAGAGGUUGAAAGUAUUAUGUUGUAUACACUGUAGAGUACAUACUAUAAUAAUAUAGUUUAAUCUUUAGAAUCUUUUUUGUUUCAAGUAUGUUGCAAAUAAACUAAUGAAGACAGUGUUACAAGGCUUAUUGAAAGUUUUAUAAUUGCAUUUUAUCUGAUGUUGAUUUUUUUAAAUAUCAUAAGCACCAACAGUAAAUAGUGGAAAUAUUCAAAGUUCAAAACAAUAUUGAUAUAAAUAAAAGGUUGUAAAUCACCAGAUAUUACUUCAGGUGAAACUUGUCGCAUCUUUUUAGCAGGAUAUUAUAACGUAUAUGUAUAAUGUUAUCCAUAAUAAUUUAAAAUAGCUGAGGUAGGUUUGCCUAAAGAGGUUUUUAAAGAACAUAAGUGUUUAAUUGGAGGUAUUAGUAAUAUUUUUAACAAGAAAUUCAAUAUUUGUCUGUAGUUUAUGGUUGUAUGUACAAUUAAGAAAAGCCAAUUUGUAAUUCAUUGCUUCAUAUGUACAGUUAAAAAAGCCAUUGGUAACUCAUUGUUACUCUGAAUUCAUGUUGCACAGUAUUUUUCAUUUGAUAAUAUUGAUAAAUUUUUAUGUAUUGGUGUUGACUAAGUAUUACAGUAUUUUUGCUUCUGGGUGCAGGUAUCAGCAGAUAUGCUUGGUAUGUUUGCUAACCUUGUUUUGUGAAUAUAGGUUACUGUUAAUAGAACUCAAAUCUAUGGCUCAGAAAUUUAAUGUGGCAUGAACAUGAACCUAGAGUUCAUAUAAUAUGAUUUAUGUGGCUGAUAUUUGAUUUUCGAAAAUAUUAAAAAAAAUCACCUUUCUGUCUAUAUGUAAAUUAUUUUACAUCUGUCAAAGCAUUUUGAGAAAUCUUGUUAUUCUGCAUUUUUCAUAAAAGGAUCCAUUAUUUUAUUUAUUUUGGUUUUAUUUUAGUGCAUUGAAAUGUCCAAUUCCAGUUUAAAUUUUGUCGUUUAAUCUGUGCUAAUUUUGUUUUAAUUAUUCUGGUAUGUGAUCCUUUUGUAGGUCUUUCAGAAACAUUGAAACUGGAGGUAGAGUGCCAUAAACGUUAAUGUUUUCAAAAUGUUAAUUUCAUAUUUCUAGCUACCUGUUUAUAGAGAUCAAAAUUUUGAUGAAUGGAGAUAUUGUUUUGUGUAAUUAUAGACUGUGUUAAUAAAGAAAGCAUUUAGUGUCAUUGUAGAUAAGGAUUAAAGCGAAUAGGGUUGGUGAUUUUUAUUAUUGUGGAAUUGGCUAAAAAAAUGUAUUGUGGCAUUUUCAAUAAUAGACAUUACAUAAUAUACUGUUUUUACUUUGUAAUGGACUGUGUUUUGAAGGAUUUAGUGUUUUAUUGCUUGAAGUGAUAUUCCGUAAGAUUAUAGGUAUAUUGAUGGAAAUUGUUCUCUAAAAUAAUAUAUUUUAAUGAAAACAAUGUUUUUCAUAUUGUAGGAUAGGUUGAUAGAAAUUGUGAUUUGUAAGAAUACUGGUUAACUUGACAGAAGUAAUAUUCUGUAAGAUUGUAAAUUUCUUUAGUGGACAGAAAAGAUGGCAUAAUGAUCUCGACAUUUUGUAAAGUAGGUUAGAGAAGGUUGUGUCUGUUCUGUAGGACUGUUCGUCAGUGUUGGCUUGGUUAAUAAAGAUUGGAAAUGCAAA